GCUCGUGUGUGAGGACAGAAGAAGAAGAACUCGGCUGUUGUUGUUGUCGUAGAUGUGGCUGUGAACGGAUGUAAAACAUGGAGUAAUAUUAUCAGAUUAGAUUUAAAGGAUCUUUGAAAUCGGGGCAGAAAUAAAGACAGACAGCAUGUUUAAGGGCUGGAGCUCGUGGUUGGGCGCCGAGCCCGUGAGUGAAGAAAAAAACGACAAACCGGAAGCAGGAGAAGAGAAACACGUAAACACAGAACAUGAUGAGACAGAUCAGCCUGAACAUAUCUUACAGCAGGCCAAAGGCAUUAGCGGCUUCAUUCUGAACUUUGCGAGUAAUGCAACUAAAAAGAUCUCGGAGUCUGUGGUCGAGACAGCGCACACUAUUAAGAAAACUGUAGAGGAGAGCAACAUCGAUGGCAUCAUUGACAAGACUAUUUUGGGAGACUUUCAGAAAGAACAGGAAAAAUUUGUUCAAGAGAAAAAUGCAAAGAAAACAGAUGCGGCAGUGCCUCCAUGGGUCGGAUACAAUGAGGAAGAAACCAUCCAGCAGCAGAUCCUAGCAUUAUCAGCUGACAAGAGGAACUUUCUGCGUGACCCUCCGGCCGGCGUACAGUUCCAUUUUGACUUUGAUCAGAUGUUCCCUGUUGCUUUAGUGAUGCUGCAGGAAGAUGAACUGCUCAACAGGAUGCGCUUUGACCUCGUCCCAAAACAGGUGAAAGAGGACGUUUUCUGGAGGAAUUACUUCUAUCGUGUAUCUCUGAUAAAGCAGUCGGCUCAGCUGACAGCGCUAGCAGCCCAGCAGCAGGCGGCAGAGAAACGCGAGGAGACGGGAUCAACUCCGCUCAAAGAGACCAGCACAGAGACCACCAUCAGACCAAAAACACCUCCUGUCACCAUCAACACUAAACCCAAGUCUAAUGAGGAAGAAGAAGAGAUCUCAACCAGUCCUGGAGUUUCUGAGUUUGUGAGUGACGCGUUUGACACCUGUGACAUCAACCAGGAGGACCUGAGGAAAGAGAUGGAGCAGCUGGUGUUGGAUAAGGACAAACGCUCACCCCAGGAUGAUGAGACAGCGGAUUGGGAAAAAGAGCUACAGCAGGAACUGCAGGAAUAUGAGGUGGUGGUGGACCCAGAAAAUCGUGAUGAUAACUGGGACCGUGAGAUUGAGGAAAUGCUUCAGGCAGACUAAAAAUGUAACAGCGCCCCUACUGGUGUGGAGGAUUUACUGUCACACUACAGAGUGUAAAUGAAGGACCAGCGAAAAAUCCAGCUGAUUCGUUCAGGAUAAAGUUUUGAUGACCAAUAUCAUAACAUUGGCUUCAAACAUAAUCGACUAUUGCAUAAAUCUGUCUAGGUUGAUAUAUCAGUUAAGAUAUCCAUUGAGAAUGCCUCAAAUCAACAAAAAUGAAUCAUGAUAUUUAGAAGUAAAGCUUCUUCUGUAUGAACAUUUAUCUUUCCUUUUAUUCUCAGCCAUAAAUGAGUUUUCACGUGUAAAAACAAACCAAAACUGAACUGAAAAGGCAGAAGAGUUAUAAAUGAUUUUUCACCUGUAGGCAAGUCAAGAUAAACCUGUUUCCCAUAGACCUCAACUGUUUGAUUAAAACAAAUGUUUUGUUGUUUAUCCUGCAAUGUUGUCUUUACUCUUAUACUUGUAUUUGACAUCUCAUUCUUCUUCAUAAAUGUAUCUGUACCUUGAUGGUUCAUGUCAGGUUUACUCGUGUUGUCCUAUAUUAAAUGAAAUUCCAUA